AUCUCUUUGACAUCUUGACAUAUUCGUAGAAAUGGAAUCAAUGGAGGAACAACAAUGUUUACAUCAAUGUGAAAGUUACAUUCAAACCCACAAUAUUCAACUGCUAUUAAAAGAUUGUAUUGUUCAACUUUGUUUAAACAAACCUGAAAAUCCAGUCACCUUUUUGCGACAGUAUUUCCAAAAAUUGGAACGGGAGCAAGUGAAGGCGGCUGCAGCGGCCGCCGCAACGUCGGAGGGCGAAGGCGAUGGCGAACUAUCCCCACUGCCGUUGCCCGCCGGACAGCCACCGCGCCGCCGCGGUGGCAUCAGCGCUGAACCAGUCACAGAGGAAGAUGCAACCAGUUAUGUCAAAAAGGUGGUGCCAAAAGACUACAAAACGAUGGGCGCCCUGUCGCGUGCGAUUGCAUCCAACGUACUGUUUACUCACCUCGACGAGUCGGAGCGGGCCGACAUGUUCGACGCCAUGUUUCCGGUGCAGUGCCUGCAGGGUGAAACUGUUAUCCGCCAGGGUGAUGAGGGCGAUAAUUUCUAUAUAAUCGACUCUGGCGAAGUGGAGGUGCUAGUGAACGGGGAGCUGGUGACGACGAUCGGCGAGGGCGGCAGCUUCGGCGAGCUGGCGCUGAUCUACGGCACGCCGCGCGCCGCCACCGUGCGCGCGCGCUCGCGCCUCAAGCUGUGGGGGCUCGACCGCGACUCCUACCGCCGCAUCCUCAUGGGCUCCACCAUACGCAAGCGGCGCAUGUACGACGAGUUCCUCUCCAGAGUCUCCAUACUAGAGAGCUUGGAGAAAUGGGAACGUUUGACGGUGGCAGACGCACUAGAGCCGGUUUCAUUCAACGACGGCGAGACUAUAGUGCGGCAGGGCGAGCCCGGGAACGACUUCUACAUCAUAGUCGAAGGCACCGCGGUGGUGCUGCAGCAGCGGGGGCAGGGUGGAGGCGAGGGCGCGGGGGAGGCGGUGGAGGUGGGGCGGCUGGGCCCCUCCGACUACUUCGGCGAGAUCGCGCUGCUGCUGGACCGGCCGCGCGCCGCCACCGUGCGCGCCGCCGGCACCCUCAAGUGCGUCAAACUGGACCGCGCCAGAUUCGAAAGGGUAUUGGGUCUGUGCGCGGAUAUUUUGAAGCGCAACAUCGCCCAGUACAACAGUUUUGUGUCACUAUCUGUAUAAUAUCCGGAGUUUUCAUUUAUCACUAAAUUAAUUGCAAUAAGCUGACAAAACGCUCAAAUUUAUCGCAGUUUAAAUGUUAAGGAAGUUUUAUCCAGAGUCGAUAAUACACUUUUGUUUAUGAAAACUUCAUUAGGUGACUUAAUAUUUAUUUUAUUCCUAAUUUUAUUUGAGGCAUAAUUAACUUUUAGUUGUUGUUAAUAUUAUUUAUUUACUAACUUUCAUUUAUUUUAAGUGUGUCUGUUUUCUAUGUAACCUAAAUUUUAAAUAAAUAUUGUAAAUGUUAACGACUAAACAAGCAGUGCUUAAAUAUUCUAUUUGUUUUCAUAUUUUAAGUCAAAAAAUGUAGAUAAAAUGAAACCUGUAAAAAUAACAUGUAUCAAAUAUUAUUAUUUUGAAAGAAAAAAAAAUGUACGUAAAUCUAAACAGUAAUCAAUGUUGAUUAUUUAAAAUAACAUAUACGUAAAGUCAUGGACAAAGUGUUAUCUUCCACCAACAAAGUGCCUACAACUUAUAUAUCUAACCUAGAUAUUGUAUUUCCUAUAUUUCUGUUUACUCUCUUGCCAAUAGAACGUGGUUAUUAAUAAAACAAUUAUAUUGAAAAAAAUAGUCACUAAAACUAUCCGAUAAACUAUUCCGUCCACCUUAAAACAAAUUGUUGGGUAAUAAAUGAAUAAUAAAACCAUAACUUCAAAAAUAAUACAUAAAGUACUAAAAACCAUGAUAUUCCAAAUAAUUCAAAGUUUUAUAAACACCUAUGUGAUUUUAAGUUUUUAGUCAUUUAGAAUGAUUAGUAUUUUUUUUUUAUGUGAAAUCUGAUCACAUACAAGAAUUGAAUAAGACAAAGGUAUAUUUCUUAUUACUUGAAUGUAUAAACAUUUGGGUCUAAAUUAAACCAUAUGUCUACGACAUCUCAAUGCAAUAUACUGCAUUUUGUAAAAUACUUCUAAUAAUUCAUUU